CUGUGACCCGCUGAUUUGAUCUUCAUCAUGCUAGCUCGGCCGCUUGAAAGUUUGUUGGCCGGCAAUUCCUCCGUGUCCCUGGGACCCGAUGGAACCCCGACGGCAUCCAUGAACCAUCCCAGCGGGGCAGCGUGUCAGGUGUCCUUGCCUGGAUCUCGCGUGACAUCAUGGAAGCACAGCGAUCGUGGUGAGAUCCUAGUGGAAGGAGCAGCUGCGGGUCUUCUGCCUUGCGGUCUUGAAGGCGUCAUCGCACCCACGGAUUGGACGAUUCAGAGCCUGGUGGGUUUGGAAGACGAAGUGCUGAUGUUUUCCACCUUUGCCGAGGUGAAGACGGCAGAGGGUGUACCAGUGCGGGCGAGAACGGAGGUGCAAUUGGGACCCAGCCGCAUCUCCAUGAUUUUGGAGGUCUCGAAUUGCGGAGCCGACGAAAUGGAAUGGGAAGAAGAACAAGAGGAGGCGCCAUCUGACGCGCGCGAACGCAGCGCCAAGCGCAGCCGUAUCUUGCCGUUGCACCUGCCCCACGCCGGGCUGCAGGGAAGUCUGAGAUGUCACCAGGGCACCCACGUCCCUUCCGAGCCGGUGGACGCCUCCAACGGAAUCCUUCUGGGCGGCACCAAGCUCGAAACUUUUGGCUUUUCUCAGGUGAAACUGGCAUUAGCAGGCGACGUGCUGCACUUCAGGGCCUUGGCACCUUGCGAGGUGAUCCUCCAACCAGGUGAGACCGUCUCUGGUAGCUUUGACCUGAAGAUCUCCCUUCAGAUCGCGUGCCGCGACAUGCCGCGCAGCGGCUUCAGCAACUUCGUGGAGAAAGUGGCAGCGGCGGAUUCCGAUGCACAGAAGGAACUUCGAGCACGAGUGGCCGAACUCGAAGCACAACUGGUGCAACUGGGGGUGGGGUGCAUCUGGUGGGCCAGUGACGAGUUUUCUCGAAGAAUCUGGGCUGAUGCAGUACGCCAAAUGGCGGGCUAUCACGACCUUGAGACCAUGUGUUGCAUGGAAGACCAUCACUUCAAGGUCCCGGUCCUGAAAAUCGCCAAAUCUUCCUGCAGCACCCGCGAUAUGAGUUGGGUCUACUUCCUGGCCAUGCUCUCAAGCUGCGCAGGCGGUAGACGGGUGCGCAUCCUGCGCAUCCGACAAACGAACCAAAUCUUUUGGCAGGUGCUUUUUCCGGGCCCGGGCCGAGUCGCAGGGGUGUGGAGAGCGCCAUCACCCUUUUUUAUCGCCAUUGGUAUGAUGCUGAACUCCAUAUCUCUUUUGGUCUUGGGAUUCGCCAACGCAAUCCUGGUGAAGGACGUACAGCAGACGCGGAUCGAGACCUGCUCUCCACUGAAGAACCAUCAGACCUAUUCUUCUGUGGAGGUGGCAAUCGGCAAUCCAGCACAAACCUUCAGUUUGGUCGCGGACACAGGUAGCAACAGCUGCAUCGUAAAGGAUUGCGCGUGCAAACAGUGUCCAAAGUCAUGGGGAAAGUGCUUCACAGGCCCUGAGCACUCCAAGUCCUUCAACUUGCCACUCUUCAAAGUGACCAAUAACACCAACUCACCCAAUCUCAAGCAGGGAGAUAUGGCCCCUGCUGCCAUUGUGAUGAGCUUCGGUAGCGGACAGAUUGCGGCGCAGAUUGCCUCAGAUGAGGUGCGUAUCGGAGUGGUGCGAACCUUCAUGGAGAAGGGCUUGCUUCUGAUGGUGGAUCAUGCAUUGAAUCUCGAAGGUCCCUUCGAGGGCAUUUUAGGCCUCGGACGACCGAGUUUCAAGGACGGUGACAAGUCCAAGAACGUGAACGAGACCUCUGCCUUCACGGUUCCAGGAUUUUUUGAUAAAGCCCAUGUGCAACGUUUCUCAAUGUGCUUCAACCAUCAGGCCGAUGGUGUCUUGGGAGUCAACACUCCAGAGCACUCCAAGCACUUGAGUUCGGUAGGCAAGCUCCAUUGGGGACUGGACUUCCAAGGAGUCUCCAUCGGAAAGGAGAAGAUCAAGGCGGGCUUCUGUGACCCCAGCAGCAAGAAGGCCGGCAUGGAGACCGCUUGUGGCAUCAUCCCAGACAGUGGGACCACGCUGAUCGCGGGCAAUGAAGCCCACAUUGGGGCCCUCUUUGAGGCCUUGUGCCAAAACUGGAAGCGCUGCAAACAGAUGCACGGCGAGCUAGUGAAGGAAUUGCAAAAGAUGGCGAAAGCUGGCAUCGCCGUCUCCGGACCAGGAGGAAUUCCCUUUGCCAUGAUCCAGAAGGAGCCCGAGCUCGUGGCCGCCAUGAUGGCAGAGCUGUUGACCCCACAGACCGAAGGAGCUAUGAAUCAGAGCGAAGGUCAUGCAGGUCCUAUUCCUUUGGGAAACAAAGUUCCAGCGGAGUUCACUCCAGCUGGCCUAAAAAGUGCGGCGGCCGCCAAAAAACCCUUGGCGCCUGAGGAAUCGCAGGACGCAGAGUCCCAGGAAGGCUCCCAGGAAGGCUCCCAGCAAGCCUCCAAGGAAGGCUCCCAGGAAGAAUUCCAGCUUCCACCAGCCCUGACACUCCAGCUGCUAUUGGAACACUGCGCCAGCUGGAUCGAGGGUGUGGAUCUCAAUCAGGAGAUGCCGGAGUUGACCUUUCACGUGGCGGGUGCCAAUGGCCAGAAACAAGAGCUGAUCAUCACUCCCAGAAACUACGUCUUGGCCAAGGCUGUGGAUGUGGAAGUUCCAACGAUCGCCAACGUCAUGAGGAUUCCUUUGAAGACCAAGAAGUUGGAGCAUAAGAAGGUCUGCAUGAUGGCGUUCAGUCCCACGGAGUAUACCACACAGUUGAACGGUGACGUGUGGAUCAUGGGCACGCCGCUCUUCUACGAGUACACGGCGCACUACGAUCGUGGUGCCGGAAAGGAGGAGAAGGACAUUGGGAUGGGGUUCACGGCCCGUGCGGAGGAAGACUGCGGAACGUGCCAAGGAAACAAGAUCCAGAGACCCUCGCAAUCGCUGAUUGGCUCCGAAUCCACUAGAUCGGACCACUCCACGAGUCGCAGCGGGAUGGGGAUGGACGGUCUGAAGUACUUGGACAAGCAGCCCGUCACUCGAGGCUUUGUCUCCAGCAAGAGCAUUUGA